AUGAUGAAUCCACAAUAUCCACCACCAGGCCAAAAUAAUAAUGCUCCAAAUAAUCCACUUAACUAUCCUCCAUCACAAGAUUACAAUGGCAUUCAAAAUUCUAAUGAUUAUAACCAAAUUCCACCAAAUAGUUCCCAAAAUGAUAUAUCAAACAAGAUGCAAAAUAUGAAUGUAAAUGGGCCACAGGGAUUUAUACCACCAUCCCAACUGCCACCAGGUCAGUUACCUCCAAAUUUUCCACCCACAUCUAACUUUAACCAAAUGCCACCUGGUGUUAAAUCAUUGCAACCUGGCCGGCCACCAGUCACCAGUAUGCCUCAACAAUUCCCUGCUUCAAUGGGCCAAAUUCCUCCAUCUUCUACUCCUGGUCCUCAGUUCAAUCAACCACCUACAUCUAUGCACAUGCCAAAGCCCAUGCAACAACAACCUGGUAUGCAUAGCCAAACAGGGAUGCCACCGAUGCAACAAAAUCCUCAAAUGCCACUUCAGUAUGGACAGGGUCCUCCAACUAGUCAACCGGGCUUGAACCAACCCCAAAUGAGACCUGAUCAAGGGUCACUUGGUCAAAACAUACCAUCAAAUAUACAGAAUAGAGGUCCUAUGCCUAAUCAGCAUUUUUCACAAGCAAGUUCCAUGCCACCAACAAGUCAGCAGGGUUCAAUGAGACCUGACACUCAAGGACCUCCUAGCAUGCAGAAACCUUUACAACAAUCCCAUAUGCCACAACAGGGAUUGCCUAUUCAACAAGCUGUGGCCCAACAAUCAGGCAUGCCUUCUCAACAAGCAGUGCCCCCACAACCAAGCAUGCCUCCACAACAAAGAUUGCCACCGCAGCCAGGAAUGCCACCGCAUCCAGGGAUGCCACCUCAGCCAAGUAUGCCACCGCAGCCAGGCAUGCCACCUCAUCAAGGUAUGCCACCAAAGCAGGGCAUGCCACAGCAGCAGGGCAUGCCUUCGCAGCAGAGCAUGCCACAGCAGCAGGGUAUGCCACCGCAGCAGGGAAUGCCACCGCAGCAGGGAAUGCCACCGCAGCAGGGCAUGCCACCGCAGCAGGGCAUGCCACCGCAGCAGGGCAUGCCACAGCAGCAGGGCAUGCCUUCGCAGCCAGGCAUGCCACCACAGAUGGGCAUGCAUUCUCAACCAGGCAUGGCUCCACGAUCAGGAAUGCCUCAGCAACCAGGCACGGCUGCACAACCUGGAAUGCCUCCCCGACCAGGAAUGCCUCCACAGCCGGGAAUGCCUCCACAACCGGGAAUGCCUCCACAACCGGGAAUGCCUCCACAACCGGGAAUGCCUCCACAACCGGGAAUGCCUCCACAACCGGGAAUGCCUCCACAACCGGGAAUGCCUCCACAACCGGGAAUGCCUCCACAACCGGGAAUGCCUCCACAACCGGGAAUGCCUCCACAGCCGGGAAUGCCUCCACAGCCGGGAAUGCCUCCACAGCCGGGAAUGCAAUCUCAACAAGGAAUGCCAUCACAGCCCGGAAUACCUCCACCAGGGAUGCCACCACAGUCAGGCAUGCCCCCCUCAUCACAGUACAAUCAGUUUCAAUCUAUGCCUGGUAUGCCUCACAUGCCACCACCAUUGAAUCAGCAGGGACAGUUCACUGCACCACCACAAAAUCCUCAAUAUCCUGGAAUGCCCCCAAUGCCUCAACAAAAUUACCAGGCAGGUUCAGGAUAUCCACCACCUUUCCCAGCCCAACAGCCAAGUUAUGGACAGCAGCCAUACCAGCAACCUCAACAAAGAAGGCUCGAUCCUGAUCAGAUGCCAAGUCCAAUCCAAGUGAUGUCCGAUGACCAAAAUAACCGCAGUGGAGUAUUUGUAACCAACGAUAAAGGCUUAGUGCCUCCACUUGUCACCACUGACUUUAUUGUUGAUGAUAAAGGAAAUGCUAGUCCCAGAUUCAUAAGAAGUUCCCUGUACAGUGUUCCUGUGACAACUGACCUUCUCAAACAAACAUCCAUUCCCUUCUGCCUUGUUAUUGCCCCCAUGGCAGAGACAGUGGGUACAGAACAGGAGCCACCAUUAAUUGACUUUGCAGCCCUCACGGGGUCACCUAACAUGGGCCCGGUGAGAUGCAGUCGAUGCAAAGCAUAUAUCUGCCCCAAUAUGAAGUUCAUAGAUGCGGGCAGGCAUUUUAAGUGUGCCUUCUGUAAAGCCACUACUGAGGUGCCAAUGGAGUACACGCAAUACAUAAACACAAUGCAACAGUACGGAAGACUUCCGGCUGAAAUUAGUGUCGGCGCCUACGAAAUUGUCGCUACUAAAGAAUAUUGUAGGAACAACACCCUGCCAAAUCCACCAGCAGUAGUAUUCGUAAUAGACGUAUCGUAUAACUCCAUGAAGAGUGGUCUUCUGCGCACUAUAUGUGACAAUAUUCUGGAUAUCAUUCAGGCAAUGCCAAAGGAUGAACAAACUGGCAAGUGUAUGACCCGAGUAGGAUUCAUUACUUACAGUUCUACCGUGCACUUCUACAAUAUCAAGGGUUCCCUUGCACAACCACAAAUGCUAUCAGUAGGUGACAUCGGAGACAUGUUUGUACCAAUCCUGGAAGGCUUCCUUGUAGAAGCUGAAGAGUCUGGACCGGUUCUGGAGGCAUUGCUCGAGCAAUUACCUACAAUAUUUGCUGAGAACCAAAAUACUGAGAUUAUUUUAUUGCCUGCUGUUCAGGCCGGUCUGGAAGCCCUUAAAGCGGCAGAUACCUGUGGUCAACUCUUAGUAUUCCACACAUCGCUUCCAACUUACAAUGCGCCCGGAAAACUUAUCAAUAGAGAAGAUAGGAAACUUCUUGGAACAGAGAAGGAGAAGCAGAUCUUGAGUCCCCAAACAACAGCGUACAACGAGCUAGGUCAAGCGUGUUCCGCUGCGGGCGUGUCCGUCGAACUGUUCGUAUUUAACAACUCGUACGUAGAUACGGCCACAAUCGGACAACUGCCACGAUUGACGGGCGGUCAAGUGCAUAAAUACACUUAUUUCACUGCUGAGACAGAUGGCAGUCGUCUAUGCCGUGAUGUUCGUCGCGUAGUGACGCGUAACACUGCUCACGAUGCCGUCAUGCGUGUACGCACGUCCACGGGCGUACGAGCUACUGACUUCUUCGGACAUUUCUUUAUGUCUAACACCACUGAUGUCGAAUUGGCUGCCAUUGACCCUGACAAAGCGAUAGGCGUCGAAAUAAAACAUGACGACAAACUGACGGGUGAAGAGGGCGUAUACAUACAAACUGCGUUGCUGUACACGCAUCGAUCCGGUCAGAGAAGAUUACGUGUGCUAAACUUAGCACUCAAUGUGGCCCACCAGCUCGCUGAUGUGUAUAGAUCUGCUGAAUUGGAUACGAUGAUCAAUUUCCUUACUAAACAAGCUGUAUGGGCCCUUCGAGACGCCCCACCCCGCGCAGUUCGUGAAGGUUUAACAACUCGUUGUGCGCGUUCGUUGGCCGCGUACAGAAGACACUGUGCGUCGCCAUCUUCUGCGGCCCAAUUAGUCUUACCGGAGUCUAUGAAACUACUGCCAUUGUAUACCAGCGGUCUAUUACGGUCUGACGCUAUUUCUGGAGGUCCAGACAUAACCUGUGAUGACCGUUCGUGCGCAAUGUACCGUGCGUUGACAGCGGACGUAUGUCAGUCCGUAGUAUACACGUACCCGCGUCUUCUUCCAUUACAUACGCUUCCAAAUACGCCGCAGCCGCUUAGGGCCUCUGUAGAUAAGAUGAGCGAUCAGGGAGUCUAUCUGCUUGAAAAUGGCGUCCAUAUGCUGCUCUGGGUUGGAUCACAGGCUUCUCCGGAAUUCGUAAAUGAUGUCUUCGGUGCUCCAUCUCCUCACCAGCUAAAUACCCAGGUCUGCGAGCUUCCAGAACUAGAUAACGAGCUGAACAGAGCCGUUAGAGCCUUGCUAGAAGAUGCAAGGGAUAAGAGGAGAACUGCUAUGCGGUUAACGGUUAUGCGUCAGCAUGACAAAUUGGAAGCAGUGUUGCGGCACUUCUUGGUUGAAGAUCGAGGAGUGGAUGGGUCUUCCUCAUACGUCGACUACCUCUGCCACAUACAUAAGGAAAUCAGAAGUCUUCUAUAG